GAAGUGUGUGUGCGCGUGUGUUCUUCCUGCUUCUUCUUAUUUCCUAAUGUCUCAAUAUAAAGCCAUUAUUCUUGUUGGCGGACCAUCCAGAGCAACUCGCUUCCGCCCCUUGUCUCUGGAUGUGCCCAAGCCUUUGUUUCCCGUUGCAGGUGCACCAAUCAUCUCUCAUCAUCUGGCUGCUCUGUCAAAAGUCGAAGGUCUUCAAGAAGUUUUGAUUAUCGGUUUCUUUGAAGACAGCGUAUUUACGCGUUUUUUGGAGGAUGCUGCCAAUGAGUACCCUCAUAUUAACAUCCGUUACCUCCGUGAAUACCAAUCGCUUGGCACUGCCGGUGGUCUGUUCCACUUCCGCGAUGAAAUUUUGCGUGGAAAUCCUCAGCAGUUCUUUGUGAUGCAUGUAGACAUCGCUUGUUCCUUCCCCUUGAAUGAAAUGAUGGCUGCUCACAUGAAACACCGAGGUUUGUGCACAAUGCUGAGCACAAAGGUACCCCGCGACCAGGCCACCAAGUACGGUUGUCUUGUUGCCAAGCCUGACACCAACGAAGUACUUCAUUAUGUUGAGAAACCCGAGACAUUUAUCUCAGAUCUUAUUUCUUGUGGCGUAUACUUGUUUGAUACAGCCGUGUUUGGUGAGAUGAGAAAGGCUAUCGAGAGAAAGAAGGAUGUCCAUCACGAAGAGAGCGAUUAUCUCUGGACGUCUUCUGAUGAUAGACUGCGCCUGGAACAAGAUCUCUUGAGACCUUUGUCAGAGAGCAGAAAGUUAUAUGUUUAUGUGACCGAAAACUUCUGGCGCCAAAUUAAGACUGCCAGUUCCGCAAUUCCUGCCAACGCUGCCUACCUUGAGCAGUGUGCACGCGAAAAUCCUUCUCGUUUGGCCCACAACAAGCCCGAUGGUCCCGAGAUUAUUGGUGCUGUUUAUAUUCACCCAUCUGCUCAAGUUGAUCCUACUGCAAAGAUCGGUCCUAAUGUAUCCAUUGGGUCUCGUGUUCACAUUGGCAAGGGUGUCCGUAUCAAGGACUCUAUUAUUUUGGACAACGUUCAGAUCGGCAAUGCAGGCUGUGUAUUACACUCUGUGAUUGGAUGGAAUAGUAAGAUUGGUGCUUGGGCACGCGUUGAGGGUACCCCUAUUAGCGACCAUAAUACUUCUAUGAUGUCGAAUGGUGUCAAGAGUCAGAGUAUCACCAUUCUUGGCAAAGAGGUGUCUGUUAUGGAUGAGACUAUUAUCCGCAACUGCAUUGUUCUUCCCCACAAAGAACUCAAAUCUUCAUUCCACAGUGAGAUUCUCAUGUAAAUGGGAUUAGAUUUUCAAUAUUUCACAACAAAUUUAGCUUUCUAGUACAACCUUUAUCUACAGUAAAUAGUUCAUAUUAUUAUCCAGGGACUUGUCUCUAUUAUUAAAUAUAUUGAUGUUUUCCUCACAU